AUGUCCAGCAAACGUCCUCCCACCGCCGAGGCCCCCAAACCGCCCACAACCCUCCACCCGACAACCACCAUCUCACCCCUCGCCGUCCUCACCGGAACCCACCCCGUCACCCUCGGCGAAAACACCAUCCUACACCCAUACUCCAUUACAACCUCCACCACCGGCCCUAUAACCCUUGGACGCAACUGCACCCUCGCCGAAAUGUCCGUCAUAUCCGCCUCGUCCUCAAACCCGACAACAAUCGGCGACAACGUAACAAUCGGACCCGCCACCCACAUAACUGGCGCGAACAUCGGAGAAGGGAGUGUCAUCGAAGGGAGAGUCACAAUCGCAGAGGGAGCAGUGUUGGGGAAGUUCUGCAAGAUCACGGCCGGAGAGGUGGUGCACCCGGGAGAGGUACUGCCGGAUUUCACGGUGGUGUAUGGUGAUGGGAAGAGGAAGGUGAAUCGCACGAUGGAGGGGAGUGUGGAGGUGAGGGAGGCGAGGAGGAAGGGUGUAGAGGGGGAGUGUGCGUUGGCGAGGAGGCUGAUUCCGAAUGCUGCCGCGAAGUGGGGAUGA